CUUCUCCCAGCACUAGGUCAGCAGAUAACUCUGGUUUCCAGUCAACAAGAAUGAACGACAGAUCAAUACCCUGACCAUGUCUGGGAAGCGGCUGAUUGAUGCCGCCAAGCUGGUCUCUGCUGGCGGGACAAUCGCAAAAAGCCACUACCGCAUCCGCAAAGAACAAUAUGAUCUGUUCACGCGAACGUCGAGUGUAGCAAAGGCCGUCAAGGGCCAGACGGACCGCGUGACGGUGACGGUGGGAGCUGCCAUCGAGUUGGCCAAGCGAUUCAGUGACAGCACGCCGAGCUGGCAGAGACAGGCCGAGGAUGGAGUGGAAUAUGCGCGGCGGCAGGGUCAGGCGGCGGCGCGGGAGGUCGACAACAUCACCAAAGACGUGAAGACGGCGGCGAAAAAUGCUGGGUUGGGGGCAGCGAAACAGGACGAUGGCACAUUGGCCAGCCUGAGGAAGCGAGAACAGCAACGGCAGUCAGAGGCACAGAUACCAGCGAGAGCAGCAGAUACACAACCUUUACAAGAGUCUGGCCCGGGACGCGACACCUUCAGCCAGCGGUCAGACCAAGUUUCGCCCGAGCUCUCGUCUCUGCCACGAACGAAGCUCCCACGACAUGCAGAGUCGGCGCAGGGAGAUUCACCACCAACAGACCUGGAUCAAGAUGUAUACCCAUCACCUACAGAAGCAAAAGCAGCCAGUCCUGAGACUCUGCCAGACGGGGUUGAUCAGAUUUUCCACAGUCCACGGAUAUCCAAGAUGCUCGGUGCAUCUGCUGGCCAGAGCACCAACCCCUACGCAAAGAGACAGAAGAUGGCCCCCAAACCGUUGCCUGAAAUGGUAGAGGCAGAAAGACGGCGAGAGGAAGAGGCGAAGCAGCGACGGGAAGCACAAACUGUGAGUCAGACAGCUCCUCUACCAGCUGCUGCUCAGCCGGAACCCGUGAAGAGCCAGAGUGCGGGAGAUGCAGAGACGCAGCAUCUCGCCUCCGAACUCGCUAAUGCUGCUGCGCCGCCAGGGUCAAGCUCUCCGAUGAGUGCUGGUGAGCAGCCAACACAGAGCAAAGUCUAUGAGAUGCGCGAGUCCCGAGUACCAGCCACUCGCUUUGGCCGCAUCUGGCAAUACGGCGGUCUUGCCACCAGCAUGGCGUUUGGUGCUGUAGGCGAAAGCUUCAGCAGACUCGUUGGAGGCGGUAGUACUGGUAGUUUGAUGCUCAGCGAAGCCAACAUGAACCGGCUGGUGGCGAAGCUGAGUCGAAUGCGUGGCGCCGCUCUCAAACUGGGCCAGAUGAUGAGCUUCCAGGACAGCAAGGUCCUGCCUCCGACCAUCAACGCUGUCCUGCAGCGAGUGCAGGAUAGUGCCGACUACAUGCCUGCUUCACAACGCAACAAGGUUCUCAGCCAGAAUCUCGGCUCUGCGUGGAGGGAAAAGUUCAGCUCGUUUGACGAGAAGCCUUUUGCUGCCGCCUCGAUAGGACAGGUGCAUCGGGCGGUGCUGAAGACUCCAGCUGGCGAGGUCGACGUGGCAGUCAAGGUACAGUAUCCAGGCGUGCGUGGCAGCAUUGACUCUGAUCUGAACAACCUCUCCCUCCUUUUGACUGCAUCUCAACUGUUACCCAAGGGCCUCUUCCUGGACCGCACCAUCGCCAAUGCCCGCACCGAACUGGGCUGGGAAUGCGACUAUGAACGGGAAGCAAAGGCCUGUAUCAAGUUCCGCGACGAGCACCUCGCCGACGAAACUGACAUCUUUACGGUGCCCAAGGUAUAUACCGAAGCCUCUGGGCCGGACGUUCUCACGGCCGAGUUCCUUCACGGCACUGGUGUGACCAAGGUGAAGGAUCUGACACAACACGAGCGAGACUGGAUUGGUUCUAACAUUCUGCGACUCUGCUUACGCGAACUCAUGGAAUUCAAAUUCAUGCAAACGGAUCCGAACUGGACCAACUUCUUGUACAAUCGAGAAACCAAGAAAAUCGAACUUCUCGACUUUGGAGCAAGUCGAGAGUUUCCCGACAAGUUCGUAGAGCCGUAUUGCGAACUGCUCAUUGCCGCAUCUAAGAGCGACCGUGAAGCCUGCCGAGAUCUAUCGAUACAGCUCGGCUACUUGACCGGGCAUGAGAGCCCAGCAAUGCUGAGAGCACAUGUCGACUCCAUAUUGACGCUCGCUGAGCCCUUUGUGGCCUCGGCGCCCGAAGUCUACGACUUCAGAGGCCAGACAGUGACGGAUCGCGUCCGGCAGAACAUUGGACUCAUGUUAAGGGAACGUCUCGCGCCACCCCCAGAGGAGACGUACAGCUUGCACCGAAAGCUGAGUGGUGCCUUUUUGCUGUGUGCUAGACUGGAAAGCAAAGUGAAGGCGAGGGACAUGUUCUCGCAAGCUGCUCAAGUGUGGCGAGGCCAAGCGGAUAAGGUCAAGUUGUAAUGGCGAGAACAGUCUGUAGGACCCAAAAGGGCGUUAUGUAAACAUAGAUAUGUACAGCAUCGCAUCAGGGGUAGCAUAAAGAGCAAAGCGUCCCAGCCAGGCCUCGGGAGGUGAGGCUAUAAUAUCUAGAAGCAAAAGCCUCGGAGCAUCCUCGGCUUAAGCUGCC